UUCAGUGAACAGAACGAGAGGAUGGGUUGAGAGAGGUGAUGAAUGGAGAGAUCAGACACUACACAGACGGAUGGAGAGAAAGGGAGGCGUUCGAUGGAGCAAAGACUGGCCGUGAUUUGACAUUUAAAAUCCCUGUCUGAUGAAUAAAAUCAAGGAAUUGGCUAUUUUUCUUAUUUGAACUUAAUUCAGCAUAGCAUUUCAUAGUCGGCCUUAUUUGACCAGACGUUGAAGAUGCCGGUAGCUGGUUUGGUCUGACUAGAGGAGACGAUGGAGCCAUGAGAAUGUACCCAGUCUUUCCGCGAAAAUAGAUGGGAGAUGAAACCUAUUCGACAUAAAAAUUGAUAUUUUCCCCUGUAGCUAAAAUGAGUUUAGUAUUGCUGCAGAUGUAUGCGUUUUGAUAAACUGCAGUAGGAUAGCUGCUAGAGGAAUUUUGAUGGCACUUACGACGCCAGGGAUUGAGCAACGAGUAACGUUACAUUUCGGAACGUUGAACAGUCGGGCCUUUCAAAGUGAGAAGCAAGAAUGAAUGUUAAGCAUUUUUCUCGCCCGAGGAUAACUGCGGUGCACGCAGCUGGUCACAUUUUGAGAGCGGUGUCAUCUUUGGAGAGUAGCGAAAUGCAAGUCAACGGAGAGGAGCGCCGUGCGGAGCUGUAAUAGUAAUACCCAAAUCCGUCUAGAACCAAGUGGAUGUUUUAAGCAUUUUUUUUCCGCAGACGAGAAGAUGGUGUGCUGCCAAUAUCAAUGCAAGUGGUCCCUAUUUUCCCUGCCUUUUUAAGUGUAAAAGGAGCUCGCGCUACUUUGGAAUUAAGAAGUGUCAGUCACGUAUGCGCGCCUCGGUAGCCAACGUUAUUUUAGCUGCUAUAUCCUCCGUGCUUUAGCUUCCCAUUGAGCAUGAUUGAAGAGUGCGUUUAAUUUCGCUAACGUCAACACCGAUGUUUUCGGUCGUCAUGAAUCCACCGACACGUUUGUUUGGGUGAACUUUGAACCAACACCCCAUAGCGUAGAACAGACUAGCAAGACAUGUCGGCGUGAAGGGAACCGCACUGACUGUCUCGAAUCUCCUGUCAAGCCACAGACGUCAACAGCGCUGUGAAGAGCUGCUUAUCGGAGAGGGGGAAAAAAAACACAUUACCUAGAUUGUUCACUCCGCCUUUUGGAGCUCUGCGCCCACGGACUGAAUCCCUUCCCUUCGAUUUAACAACCAAGCAAAAUGGGAGAGCAGCCUAUCUUCAGUACGAGGGCCCAUGUCUUCCAGAUCGACCCCACCACCAAGAAGAACUGGGUUCCCACCAGUAAACACGCCGUCACAGUCUCCUACUUCUACGACAGCACGCGCAACGUCUACCGCAUCAUCAGCCUCGACGGCUCCAAGGCAAUCAUCAACAGCACCAUCACCCCCAACAUGACCUUCACCAAGACCUCCCAGAAGUUUGGCCAGUGGGCCGACAGCCGAGCCAACACCGUCUACGGUCUAGGCUUCUCCUCAGAGAACAACCUGCUCAAGUUUGCAGAGAAGUUUGCUGAGUUUAAAGAGGCAGCUCGGUUAGCCAAGGAGAAAUCCCAGGAGAAGAUGGAACUCACCAGCACCCCUUCUCAGGAGUCGGCCACCGGCGACCUGCAGUCACCUUUGACCCCGGAGAGCAUCAACGGCACUGAUGACGAGAGGGGCACCACCCCCGAAACGCCGCAGUACCUCCCCGAGCCCCGCGCCGAGCCGUCUCAGAACCAACUGCCCUUCUCUCACAGUUCGUCCAGUAUAAACAAGCACUGGGAGGCCGAGCUGGCAGCCCUGAAGGGCAACAAUGCCAAGCUGACAGCAGCUCUGCUGGAGUCCACAGCCAAUGUCAAACAGUGGAAACAACAACUGGCUGCUUACCAGGAGGAGGCUGAGAGACUACAUACACGCGUGACAGAGCUGGAGUGUGUGAGUGGUCAGAUGACCGUCAUCAAAUCCCAGAAGACUGAGCUCAACCAGACGAUAGAAGAACUGGAGUCGGCAUUGAAGUCCAAGGAGGAGGAACUGGAGAGGCUGAAAGAGGAAGUGGAGAGCGCCAAUGAGUUCCAGACUCAAAAGGAAUCACUAACACAGAAACUGCAGGAGACGGAGGAGAGGAACCAGACGUUGGAAGCUCAGCUGGUGGAGUUAGAGCAGCGUCUGGAGGGCAGUCAGCUGGAGAGAGAGGCCUUCAGGAAGAGUCUGCGCACCCUGCUGGAGCUGCUGGACGGGAAGAUCUUUGAGCUGACAGAACUCCGAGACAGCCUGGCCAGACUCAUUGAGGGCAGCAGCAGCUAGAGGAGAGAAGUGCUCCCCCUGGUGGAGCUUCAGUACUCCUACACCAUCACCACCAUUAUAACAACACAGUGAUGGGAGAAUAUUGCUAGUCAGUGCACAAAGGCACUGCACGGAAAUAUUCACUCUGUUAUUACUACACAUAUAGUCAUUAUGCUCCACUCUACUGAAAACGUGCACAUUGGUAGUAAAUAGAUAGACUUGCUCGCUUGGAUUUAGUUUUGGCUAAUGUUCACAACGUGCAUAAUGCUGGUACACCUGUAUACUGUAUGCACAUACACUCACUCAAUUCACAGAGAUCCUGUUGAGGCUUUGCUUACACCCUGCCUUUCCUGCCUUCCAUCUCUUCUUCUCCCUCCCUGUGGAAUGUUCUUUACGCUCUGACUACAAACUGCUCAAAUAUUUACAAUGCAUUCAGAAAGUAUUCAGACCCCUUGAUUAUUUCCACAUUUUGUUACGUUACAGCCUUAUAAAAAAUUUAAAAAUAAUUUCGCCAUCGAUCUACACGCAAUACUCCAUAAUGACAAAGCCAAAAAAGUUUUUUUUGCAAAAAAAAAUGAAUAUCACAAUUACGUAAGUAUUCAGACCCUUUCUCAGUACUUUGUUGAAGCACCUUCAAAUUGGGUAUGACACUACAAGCUUGGCACACCUGUAUUUGGCGAGUUUCUCCCAUUAUUCUCUGCAGAUCCUCUCAAGCUCUGUCAGGUUGGAUGGGGAGGGUCACUACGCAGCUAUUUUCAGGUCUCCAGAGAUGUUCGAGCCCAGGUUCAAGUCCAGGCUCUCGCUGGGCCACUCAAGGACAUUCAGACUUGUCCCGAAACAACUCCUGCGUUGUCUUGGCUGUGUGCUUAGGUCCGUUGUCCUGUUGGAAGAUGAACCUUCGGCCCAGUCUGAGGUUCUGAGCGCUCUUGAGCGGAUUUACAUCAAGGGUCUCUCUGUACUUUGCUACAAUCAUCUUUCUUUUGAUCCUGACUAGUCUCCCAGUACCUGCCGCUGAAAAACAUCCCCACAGCAUGAUGCUGCCACCACCACGCUUCACUGUAGUGAUGGUGCCAGGUUUCCUCCAGACUUCAAGUGCGCUGUCAUGUGCUUUUACUGAGGAGAGACUUCUGUCUGGCAACUCUACCAUAAAGGCCUGAUUGGUGGAGUGCUGCAGAGACGGUUGUCCUUCUAGAAGGUUCUCCCAUCUCCACAUAGGCACUGUGGAGCUCUGUCAGAGUGACCAUCGGGUUCUCCCUGACCAAGGCCCUCCUCCCCUGAUUGCUCAGUUUGGCAGGGCGGCCAGCUCUAGGAAGAGUCUUGGGGACCUUCAAUGCAGGCACUGUGUUCUUAGAGACCUUCAAUGCAGCAGACAUUUUGUGGUACCCUUUCCCAGAUCUGUGCCUCAACACAAUCCUGUCUCGGAGCUCUACGGACAGUUCCUUUGACCUCAUGGCUUGGUUUUGCUUUGACCUGCACUGUCAACUGUGGGACCUUAUAUAGACAGGGGUGUGCCUUUCCAAAUCAUGUCCAAUCAAUUGAAUUUACCACAGGUGGACUCCAAGUUGUAGAAACAUCUGAAAGAUGAUGCACCUGAGGUUAAUUUUGAGUCUCAUAGCAAAGGAUCUGAAUACGUAUGUAAAUUCUGUUUUUUAUAUUUAAUACAUUUGCAAAAUUUGUCAAUCUUUUUUUCGCUUUGUUAUUAUGGGUUAUUGUGGGUAGAUUGAUGAGUAACAUUUUUUAUAUAAUCCAUUUUAGAAUAAGGCUGUAACGUAACAACAUGUGGAAAAAGCCAAGGGGCCUGAAUACUCUUGACUAGCAUUCCAUAGGAGGGGAUGUUGAAUAUGGUUAUUUUGCUUCAGGGUUGUCUUCCAUCACAGACUUUGAACAGGUACAAGGAAACGCUCAUUUUCUACAUUUUAUUUGGUGCAAAGUUCAGUUCAGUCAUCCAGUCGCUCGCUGGUGGAUGUUUUGCUAUUAUUGUUUACUCUUCACUGUCGUCCGCCACACAUUCAGGUCUGUUUUUGAACUAUUCUUAUUCCGUUAUUACUACUAUUGCUCUGUUUACUAUGGAGAUAUCAAUGUCAGCCAAAAGGACGAUCAGAUGUCAUGGAAAUGGAGUCAGACUCACUGGUCUUUACAGCGUUUCACUGGACUCUAUGGCCGUUCCCUCUGAGGCCCCAUCUGACACUGGACUAAGGGUCAGAGGUCAGACAGAUGACCUCCCAGUCACUUUAUUAAAUGCUCCCAAUGUCCUCCCUCCUAUCACAAUGUUACCAUGGAGAUUGAAGAAGAAUCUGGCAUAUUGUCCGAGAUUGAGAACAGAUCUUGCUUGGACAACCUUCUAUACUAAAUGAGCAAUACAAAGAGGGAGCAUCCAGAAGAAAAAUAAACAUGUUGAAGUCUCACUUUCAGGUAUUUUCCUCUUCUUCUGGGAAAUGUAAGGAGAGACAACGCUACUUCAGACGCUGGGGUUUGGCUCAGCAGCGACUACAAGUCUUUCCUUUCUAUUCACUUUUUAUUACAAAUACUAAUAUAACACAUUUAUAGUCUUGUGAAAAUGGAAUUGUGUUUGGGUGAAUCCAAAACAAUGAUUUUUUUUCUUCUUUAUUUCCCCUCCCCUUGUUUCUGUUGCGACUUGGAAGUGCAAUGAUUGAUUGGUUCAUGGUGUUCCCUUUAUUUAUUAUUCCAGAUAUAUUAUAACCACAGAUUUUAACGAGAAUUGUAUCAAACAAAGAUGUUUGUCACUUACUCUUGUUUUUUUUUAUGUCUGAUAUGUGGGUAUCAAGGUUGGUUGUUUUUUUUUAGGUAUGAGAAAGACUGGCAAUAUGUUUGAACUAUUUAAAAAGCUAAUGGAUUUAUAGUAAUUUGUGCAGGUGAGGUUUGCAGAGACUUUCUUUCCUUUUGCCAAAAUAUUUUCCUGUACAGAAUGUGAAUUUAGUUGACGUUGCCUUUGGUACAAAUAUGGAUCAAUGGUAACUAACUACGGUACUUUUGUGGGAUUUACUAUUGCCAAAAAUCUGUGAUAAUGUAUAAAAAAUUCUAACUAUAUGUGAAGAACACUAUUUAAAGGUCAACUUUGGGCACGAAAAGUGGUCAGACACGGCCCCUUUCUCAAACAGAAAUGGGGUGUGCCUUUGGUGGUUCGUUGAUGUGUCGUGCGCUGCGACCGGUUUGUUUUGGAUGGAAGCUGUAGAGAUUGGUAAGAAAUGGCACUUCUUUAGCCAAAUAUCUUAUUCAUCCAAUUAUUUACGUUUUUAAGCAUUGACCUGGUAUGAUGGCGCAGUGAUCAGUUAUACAGUUUAAAGCCAUUAUUUUUCAGUUUUUGCCCAACGUCGACCUUUAAGGGCUUGUUGUUGGUUCUAGUAUCUUUGGGAGACUUAAAUGGGGUGUCUGGGUGAGUUGGCUUUAUAGCGUUUCAUUUAUGAUCUGUACUUCUACAGUUUGAAAGGAGAGAAACAUUUGAGUAAUCAUUUUAAAUGUUGAUUAUGCCACAUGCUUAAACACAAUUGUAAUUUUCAGUUUAUAGUAAAAUAAAAUAAAAACAAUUUAAACAAA